AUGGCAUCCUCUCUAAAGGUCCUUGGCCCUAUCUUGGCCCUGCUGUUUCCCCUAUGUGGGCUGCUUAUACACAGCCAGAACCUUUCCUGGAGGGAAUUCAUGAAGCAGCACUACCUGAGCACAAGCUGGAAAUUCAGCGACUACAAAUGCGAUGAUCUCAUGAGGGAAAGAGGAGCUCCAAAAGACAGGAACUAUCACACCUUCAUCUAUACCUUGUGGCACAAAAUCGAGCAUAUAUGCCUCAGGAAGUGGAGAGAUCGUUACAGAAAUGUAUACAUAUGGGCCCAGCAUCCCUUCAAAAUCCUCCAGUGCUACCAGGAGAGUAACAAAAAGAGCUACAGAGAACAUAGCAGCUACAGCUACAUUGAAUUCCACUGUGGCAUGAAUGGGUAUGUGGACAGCAUAGAGGACAUCCAAUUGUUAGACAUCAAAAAUUAG